CAACAGCAGCAUGAAGAAAUUUCGGCCAAAAAACUCCGGCUAACCAAGCCCAGCAAAUCCGCCGCCCUUCAUGUAGAUCUUUGUAAGGCCACAUCGCCCGCUGAUGCGUUGCAGUAUCUUCUUCAGUUCGCUCGAAAACCUGUAGAAGCUGAAAGCGUGGAGGGCGUCGUGCGAAUCUUGCUGGAACAUUAUUACAAGGAAAAUGAUCCCUCUGUCAGACUGAAAAUUGCUUCCUUGCUGGGCCUACUAUCCAGAACUCCUGGUUUUUCUCCCGACUGCAUUCUGGACGAUGUCGUUAAUACCCUCCAAACUGAAAAGUCUCACCAAGUUCUGGCUCAGCUUUUGGAUACUUUGCUGGUGAUUGGGAAUGAGCUUCAGGAAAACCCUGCCGUCCGAGGGCGUCUUGUAGACGUGGCAUGCAAGCAUCUGACAGAUUCCUCCCACGGUGUAAGGAACAAAUGCCUGCUCCUGAUUGGCUGUCUGGGGACAGUGGAGAAAGCUGCCUCGAAGGAAGGGGAACGCCAGUCUCCCAAAGACGUGCAGAAGAUCAUAGGGGAUCACUUCAACGACCAGGAUCCACGCGUUAGGACUGCAGCUAUCAAGGCUAUGUUGCAGCUUCACGAGAGGGGAUUAAAGUUGCAGCAAGCCAUUUAUAACCAGGCUUGCAAACUCUUAAUGGAUGAUUACGAACAGGUCCGCAGUGUAGCGGUGCAGCUCACCUGGGUCCUGAGCCAGCUUUACGCAGAAAGCAUUGUCCCCAUCCCAUCUUCCAAUGAAGAAAUCCGGCUGGUUGACGAUGCAUUUGGGAAGAUCUGCCACAUGGUCAGCGAUGGCUCCUGGGUGGUGAGAGUCCAGGCGGCUAAGCUAUUGGGGUCUAUGCAGCAAGUCAGCUCUCAUUUUUUAGAACAGACCUUGGACAAGAAACUGAUGUCAGAUUUGAGGCGAAAGCGCACGGCUCACGAACGGGCGAAAGAGCUGUACAGCUCCGGGGAAUUCUCAAGCGGCCGGAAAUGGGGGGACGAUGCCCCCAAAGAAGAAAUAGACACGGGAGCCGUGAACCUCAUCGAAUCGGGGGCCUGCGGUGCUUUUGUUCACGGCCUGGAAGACGAGAUGUACGAGGUCCGGAUUGCCGCCGUGGAAGCCCUUUGCAUGCUGGCCCAGUCUUCGCCCUCUUUUGCCGAGAAGUGCCUCGAUUUUCUGGUCGACAUGUUUAACGACGAAAUUGAGGAAGUGAGGCUGCGGUCGAUUCACACCAUGAGGAAGAUUUCAAACAACAUCACCCUGCGAGAGGAUCAGCUGGACACAGUGCUGGGGGUCUUGGAG